AUCGAUUUCGUCGAACGGUUAUCAUCUUUCCUGUCUAAGUCAUGGAUAGUGAGGUCAUUUCAGAGGAAGGCUCGGUUCAAAGCUCAAAGGGUUUAAAAUUGUUUACCAAAUCUUGGAAACUGAAAGACUCGAAUCCACGGUGAGUUGUCACAAUGGACAUAAUUCUUAUCGAUCUCAUCCUGUUUUGUAAGGAGCAACAAGUUUUCGCUAUUUUAAUUUUUAUUUUUUUGGGGUGGUGACGGAUUUAUGGCGGCUAAGAUCGGUCUUGUGAGGCUUUUAUGUCAGGGUGCCAUGGAAGGUAAAGCGAAUUUUCUGUUUUGACUGAACUUACUCUAAUACUAGACGCAUAUUUGCGUUCGUGCCUGUCUGGCAAAUCGUGACAAACUUGAAUAAAAUUUAUUUCCAAUAUUCAUCAUUUGUAUUAGAUCAUUUACAGUGCCGAUCCCCUGUGUGUUAUUGUAAAUUAAAGAUCUAAAACUCAUAGCAACACAUUGUUGUCCUGCAUUCUGUCCGAAAACUACUCGUUACCUUGACUAUAUGGAGCUGCUAUGGUUUUGUUAGGGUCAACACAUAUUGGAGGACCAGGAUUUUUUUUAGUUGCUACAAUUUGCUACAUGAGCCUCACUCUUACUAGAACACAUUAGUUUGUUACAAGAAAAAAAUGUUAAAUAUCGACUGGCACGAUAUUUCAUCUUUCUUGUACUUUGAUGAAUUCUUUCACAACAGUUAAACUUAAACGUUCUUUUUAUUUAACAGUUUUUUAGCAUUUAUAUAACAGUACCAUGUAGCCGACAAAACUAUACAUGAAAGAAUAAUUGCAUAGACAAAUUCUCUAAUCUGCCUGCUCUUAAGUUUGUUCCUUAGACUUUUCAAACUUUGUAUUGGUAUUCUGCUUGGUUCAUGAUCACGUCUACAUACACGAUGAGAUUUGCAUUUAAUCUUUUCUCGAUUAACAUUGGAUAGCUCAGUUGAUAUAGCAUAUUUCUCGAUGAAAGGUUUACUCCGCAGGCUGCCCAAGCUCCAGCUGUGAGAUGAUCAUCUUCCAAACUAAGAGUCAUGGCGAAAUUAUGAGAGUUUGCAUGGGAAAAUUUACGACUGCUUUUUGGAAUACAAAAAUACAGUCAAAUUCUCUAUGAAAAUAUCUCGUCUUGCUUCCACAGUGCAUUGCUUUUUAUCUGACCACUUACUAUGUUGAAAGAACCCAUUUUAGCAAGUUAUCCAUUUCUAGGUGUACUUUGUAGUAAACCUAGAAAUGUUUAACUCACUAAAAUGGGUUCUUUUCAACUGUAUUUUUGUACUCCUAAAAGCAGUCAUAAAUUUUCCCAUACAAACUCUUAUAAUUUUGCCAUGACUCUUAUUUUAUAAGAUGAUCAUCUCACAGCUGGAGCUUGGGCCACCUGUGUUCACUCAAAAAUGUUCACUCAUAGAAAGGUUUCUAAUAAGGUUCACAGACUGACCCAUUCUGAAAACAGUCGACAUCUUUUAGUGUGGUCUACCACAAAUGCUCUGUGCGUUUUGAACAUAUUAUACACAGUAUCUGUGCUGAUUUUUCAUUGCAAAGAUCUCUCUUUUUCUAUCAUUGCAUCAUGCCAUGUGCUCAUUAGUCAAAACAUCACCAUGCGUCAGGGUCAAAAUGUCACACGUGUGUUAAGAACUUGACUGCGAUUUGCAACUGAGGUUUCCUUUGGAAAGCCCAAGGAACAAGAGGAAUGGGUGUGUCUUCAAGGGUCAAUGAAGGUACACCCAUUGUAAAGGGAUUGGAUAAUACAGGCUAUCUAUCCAUCCAUGAACAAGGCCAACCAUUAAAUUUUUUUUUUUUGCAUCAGGGUGCCUUUGGUAACUGAAUUGCUGGAAAGUUUGAGUAAGGAUAUGAGUUGGAUGGUAUUGCAUUCAGCUCUUCAUUGGCAUAGCUCCAGAAAAUAUCUAAACCAGCCACAAGAUUGAUUGUUGUGAUGAUUUUUUUUUUGCUUUUGUUAGUGCAUUGAUAUUUGUGAGCCAUGGAGUUGGUGAGCAUUGUUCCAGAUAUGAAGAAUUUGGAAGUGUUUUAGCCAGACUAGGCUUCCUUGUUGUUUCCCACGAUCACGGUAAAUUUUUCAUAUAUUUGCAAAGAAUGAAUUGCCCCUCUUGUUUAUAUGUUCUUGGGAGGGGGGGGGGGAAGGGAAGGUUUGCUUUGGUCAUUUUUUGCUGGGUAUGUCCCACUGGCCUCUCAGAACCCCUACCCCACUAUAGUCUAUUCUUUGGCCAAUUAAGGACCCUGUCUAAGACCCUUUUGCUAAUACAGUAAUAACUUUUUAACUGCAAAUCUUCCCAUUUUUACAUCCCUGCCUACCAAAAUUCUCUUACCUACAAAAUCCAGAAAAAUGUGCAACCCCAUUCUAGAAACUCUAUGCAAGCGCAUUAUAGUCAAUCCAGUCUUGAAAAUGCCACCUUUUCCAGCAAAACAUACCUAUUAGCCAAUUACUAGGAAGUAUCCUCUCCCACAGGGUCAGUCGUAAGAAAUUCAACAAUUACUUUAGUGUCAGCAUGAAUGGCAAAAUAUGAGAUUUAAUUAAUUUUUAUUAUAAUAGAGAUGAGAUUGUUUUGUAUGCCCAUCACUUGGCUACAUUGCUAUGGACAGGAGAGAGAUUUACUUGACUCAUUCCUACUGUGCAGAGUAGUUCAGCAUGAAAGUUUUGUUUUAUUUGUAGUGGGUCAUGGAAGGAGUGAAGGUGAACCAGUGCAGAUCACAUCCUUUGAUAUUUAUGCUGCUGAUGUGUUGAAGCACAUGGAUGAGAAGCUUGUAAACCAUGGUGGUCUGCCAAUAUUUCUGUUUGGUCAUUCAAUGGCAAGUUUUCAUCCACCACUGUUUAAUUGAAAGUCUAGUUUAGAGGUGAUUAGGUGGAGGAGGAAGGAGAUGGGGAAUUUUUUAGUUAUAGAAGAAGUCUUCUCUAAAAACAUCAUUUUUUCUGGCCAUGAAAAAAAAUAUAUUGGUGUAUACCACCCCAUGUGAAUAGUGCUUUUAUUGCAUGCUGAUUGGCUGGUUGGGAAGUGAAUAGCAAGUAAUAUUCACCUGCAAGCAACCAAUGAGGCAAAAUUGUGCAUCAAGAGUUUGAUUUCCAACCAUUUUUUGGUACACUGAAAGAAAUAAACUCAUCUUUUGUUAUCUGUGUGGUAUAUACUAAAACAAUUAUUCACCUCAGUGUUGGUAAAAGUGGUGGAUAUUUACCUUGCUGCUUCAGGGCUCGGUAAAUAUCCACUACUAUCCACCUCCACUUUGAUGAAUAAUUGUUUACUAUGAAGUUGUAAAGCUGACCUUGUUUUGAGACUCCAAGCAUUAUUGAUUCUGGUCAAAAUUUGUCCUUCAGUAUCAAAUAUAUUUUGCAAUGUGAGACUGUUUAUUCAAAUUAUAUUUUGCAUGGUUUAUUCUCACACAGGUUCAUCAAAGUGUCAUGGCUUUGAUUCUUAAUUUGAAACUGUCCUGAUUAGAGAUACCAUUCAUUUUGUUAUUAGUGGAGAUUGUUACUAAAUUAAUUCAGAAUUGAUUUUUUUUUCUUAACCUCUUUGUGCAGGGAGGAACAGUUGCAAUCCUUUGUGCCAUGGAAAGGCCUCACUUCUUCACUGGAGUUGUACUCAGUGCUCCAGCCAUUAUGGCCAAUCCUGAAACUGCCUCACGUGGAAUGGUAAAUCAAGGAAGGCAUCAUAUAUAAGAGCUUAUUGAUAUGACGUUAUUUCAUUUCCAGUUCCAGUCAGCCACUUAUUCAUUUGUCAUACCACAUGAAUGGUGGCCUAACCGUCAGUCAUAGCCUUUCUUCCCCCCCCCCCUUCCUUAGGAGUUGUAAUGAGUACUUCUGAACUGUCAGGGAAGCAUGACAAAAUGUUGGGGAGAGGGGAGGGUAGCCAGUACUGGAUCAAUAUAUCAAUAUCCCAUCCAGGGAGGGACUGAAAUACUCCUAGUGGCUUCAUGCUAUAGAAAUUGGGAUAAGUUUAAACUGAAAAGACUGCUAAUGGGAUUGAGUACAGAUUGUGUAAUUAAGGUAACAUUUUACAGCAUUCCCAUGUAAUGGACGCCUUUAGGUAAACCUUAACUCUAACAACAUGAUUUCUUGAUUUUACAGAUAUUUUUAGGUAGAAUAGUGUCACGCAUUGUACCUUCAUUUCAAGUGAUUGGAUCUGAAAACUCCUCCCUUCUCAGUCGAGACCCUGAACAGGUAUUGAUCUUUGUAAACUAUUUUAAGGAAGUACCUUUAGCCAAAAAAAAGACAAAAAAACCCUCUUUGAGUGAUGCUAAAACACCUUUUUUGGCAGCAAUAUGAUGUUUUUGUUCCUGAAGAGAGAACUGCAAAAAAUUUGGUCCAAGCUGAAAUUUUUUGUUGUCUCGAACCACAGAAAUUUGUUUCUGCUUUUAAAAUUGCAAAAUAUCGCCUUUUGUUGAAUGGAACUUCCGCAGAGUUAUCAUGCAACUCCGUAAGAGUUUGAUUUGCUUGUGAAUGGAUGAAAUCUAAUUUUCUUUUAUAACCUACUCAAAAUACGACUGCAUGGUUUAAGAUUAACACUGCUUGUUUUUCUCUAACAUUUUUGUGUUUGUUUUUUUUUUCUGUUUUAAGGUUGCCAUCUUGACUAAUGAUCCUUUAGCAUGGAAAGGAGGCUUGAAGGCCAGGUGGGCGAUGGCCAUACAUGAUGCCAUGGAACACAUCAAAGAAAACCUGACCAAGAUUGAACGGCCGUUUUUAGUGCUUCACGGUGAUGCCGACCAGCUAACGAUGGUUGACGGUUCCGUGAUGCUAGAAGAGAAGGCCGCAAGUCAAGAUAAAACCAUAAAGGUGACUUUUCUUGGCUGCUUAACUUACAUUGUAAUAUUGUGAAAAUCGGCGCAGUUUGCGUCGAUUAACUCGAAGCUUCAACAUUCCCCCCCCCCGGAUAUUUGAACUUUUUGAAGAUUGGUUUGGAUAAAUUUUCCCCAGCCCCCCCCCCGGAGAAACUGCGUCCAAAUGCCCCACCCAAAAUAAUAAUUGACCGAUUCUUUGUGUGCUCAACGAAUGUUGGAGAAGUUAGCAAAGUCAGUAAGUUUUUGGUGUUGCUAAGGAGUUUUUUCGCUUGUAAAUAUCAUUUUAGGAUGUGAAAUUUGUCUUUCUGAGCUAUUCACUCAUAAAAGCAGACUCUUAAACGAACCCAUGUUAGCUAUUGCUGUGGAUAAAGAAAAAUAAAGCUUUUAAUUAAUGUUUACAUCAAAAUAUCAAGAAAUUCAGGUAGUAACCUUUGACAUUUAGUUAGCAACUUUUUGGAUAUUUGGCAAUUUUAUAACGACAGUUUGGCAUUCCAGUGGGUAACUUUCCAGUAUUUUUCGAGCACAAUCAGAAAAGACCCACCCCUCUCCAACCCACUCCCCACUCCCCACACCUCACAUCCCACACCCCACUCCCCGCUCCCUGCUCCCACGCUCGCCUUAUGAAAGGGACGGUUUCUCUUGUUAUAAGCAAAACCAACUCCAAGACGGGGAAAUUUUUCUUCUGCUUUUCUUUCUAUUUUUACGUGCAGUUACCAGUCAGCUAAUGCUAUUAUUUGGAGGUUUUUUAUCAGUAUUGUUCAAUUUUUUUUUCCGUCAGAUUUAUCCAGGCUUUUACCACAAACUUCUAAACGAGCCCAAAGAAGAUGCGACUUUGGUGAUGAAUGAUAUAAUUUCGUGGAUAAACCAGAGACUUCCAUCUUGAAAUACUGACUAAAUUCUUUCACUCCUCUUGGAUAUCAUUAAAAGAGAUUAUUUUAGGUACCUCUGGAUCAUUUAUCAAUCAACCGUAGUGGCAUACAGACCUCUGUGUUCAAAACAGCUUGAGCUGCAGCAGGUCCAAAGCGAGUCAACAGCAGGCGGAUUUCUUAUAAGCUCUGACAAGUUUCUACCUCACAAUGGAUGAAUUUGCUGAGAUUUGCAUCUCCUUUCUCCAAUCGAAACUGUCUUCAUUUGUGGCAGUAACUGAAUCUCGAAAUGAUUCGCUCCGCUAUUGCGUAUUAUUACCACGCCGUAAUUUGCAUUUGAGCUGAAACCAAGGAGCGGAGCCAACCCAUUUAUAGCGUUCCUUCGUGUUUAAGAGGUUUCCCAGUUUCCAUGCCUGCUGUGUCGUGUGGGUGUUUCAAGAGAAGUGAUUAAUAUGCAACCUCUCUCCAUAAAAUAAAUUUAUUAUUCGAAAGGUAACGAGAAUGCUCUAACCUAUCAGGUUGAAGUUUUUAUCUUGAUCUAACACCAAAUUGUCGUUUGGGAGGUCUUGGCUGAUGGAGGGGUAGAAUUCUUCGAUGUCAAAGCGAAUUAAACUGUGGUGUUGUUUGUUCUUAAUGGGCUUUAAACCACUCGAUCACAGAUCAAAUCUCUUUUUUUUUUCCUAUCUCACU